AAUACGUACAGCGACUGGCAACAUGUCGAAGUUUCAGAGCCUGUUAUGCCACUUGUGCGCGACGAUUGCAAUGAGUCACGCGGUGGUGUUAAGCGGGUAUAACGGGGGUCACGGGAUCUCUUACACGGAUUACGAGGGCCUCGAAGGAUACCCAUCCCAAUACGAAGGACACGCCGUGUUGCCCACAGUGGCAGUUCCGGUACACGCGGUUUCCGCUUCGCCUGUUCACGUUACAGCCACUCUUGAUCAUGGAUCUCACGGAUACGAUCAUCACGCGGAUCAUCACGGUCACGAUUACUACGCCCAUCCGAAAUACAUGUUCAACUAUGGCGUCCACGACCCUCACACAGGGGACGUGAAGACCCAGCACGAGGUUCGCGAUGGGGACGUGGUUCACGGUUCGUACAGCGUCAACGAGCCCGACGGAAGCGUGAGAAUCGUCGAGUACACGGCGGACGACCACAACGGUUUCAACGCGGUGGUUAAAAAAGUUGGUCCGGCCAUUCACCCGAAACCCAUCCCCGUGGCCAAGUACAUAUCCCCGGCGUAUUACAAUAGUUACGAGGAGUACGAGAAGCAUCACUUUUAACCCAAUUGUGAAUCGCGUUUAAAAUGGGGGAAAAAUGUGGAGACAGGGUCAGAGAGGAGAAAAAAUUUUAUUUAAGUUAGUUGUACGGAGAUAAACCCUUUUUUUUAUGAUAUUUAUAUCGAGCUUACGAUUAAAUCGAAUCAAACUUCAUUCAAUCGUGGAAUUUUUAAACCAUGAAGAAUUUCAAAGGAUACCGUGGAGAUUGAAAAAGUUGGAAAAGAGAUUUUGUAAUUUGUAAAAUUGGAAAAUAAUUUAAAGAAGAAAGUGAGAGGGAGAAAGAAAGAAAUGAUGGAAUAUAUUCAAAGUCACGUGUCCACGUGAAAUGUGGAUGUUAAUUUUAAACACACACAAGAUCAAUUUGUAUGUGUAUUUAUACAUAUUGAUGGAAUUUUUCUAAUUUUUUCUAAACACAUAUUCACGAUAUAUUUUAUUUAAUUAAAGAGGUGCUUCGAAAUAGAAUGGUGUGCCAAGAAAGAAAAAGAAAUGGGGGGAAUAGGAAAUCGUUAAGAUUUUAAGAUUUACCAAUACUUUUUUUUUUUUGUUUUUAUUAAAAGAAACUCUAUCUAAAACUAUCCUUCGAAUUAUCAAAAUAUGUAAACGAGUGUUCGUUGAAUUGGCAAAAAUGAUUAUUCUUUUGCUAUCUUCUCUUUUGAUACUGGGAAUAAAUACUUUAAAAUAUUCAAAAUAUUGUUAAAAAAAUUAAAAAAAAAAAAUUGAAAUUGUCAGAAAUGUCAGAGAGAAAAUUACACAUUAUCAUUCGACGAAUCGAUUGAAGACUUUAUUAUUAGUUAGAAGAAUUGUACUUAAUUACACUUGGUUUAAUGGUUAUUAGAUGUUAGAAGAGUUUGAAACGUCGAAAUUUGUAAUUUUCACAAUUUUGUAAUUAUAGAUUUAGAAGAAAGAAGAAAACAAAAAAAUAAAUAAAAAUCGUUUAUAAUUUUUGCAAUAAUAUUGUAAUUAUCACAAAUAUUUAAGUUUCAUAAAAACUGUGCCACAUCUAUCGUAGGGAUGGAAGUAUCGUGUCUCGAUAUAUAAUAUUAAUAACGUUGGAAAUUUUUUAAUUUUUGUGAAACACAUUUGAAAUUUGUACAUUACAUACAUCUUUGAAUUAAUAUUUAUGAACAAAUACGA